AUGCUCGAGCUCAGGCUUGUUCAAGGCUCGCUUCUAAAGAAAGUUUUGGAAGCGAUUAAGGACUUGGUCAACGAUGCCAACUUUGACUGUUCGGCGACGGGAUUUUCAUUGCAGGCCAUGGAUUCCAGCCACGUGGCGCUGGUGGCUCUCUUGCUGAGAUCCGAAGGGUUCGAACACUAUCGUUGCGAUAGGAACAUCUCCAUGGGAAUGAAUCUCGGUAACAUGUCCAAGAUGCUCAAAUGCGCCGGAAAUGACGACAUCAUCACAAUCAAGGCUGAUGAUGGCGGCGAUAGCGUUACUUUCAUGUUUGAGAGCCCCACUCAAGAUAAGAUAUCGGAUUUCGAGAUGAAACUUAUGGAUAUCGAUAGUGAACACCUUGGAAUCCCAGAAGCAGAGUACCAUGCUAUUGUUAGGAUGCCUUCAGCUGAAUUUGCAAGGAUUUGUAAAGAUCUUUCAAGCAUUGGUGAUACUGUUGUCAUCUCUGUUACCAAGGAAGGUGUCAAGUUUUCCACGAGAGGUGAUAUUGGAACUGCAAAUAUUGUUCUUAGGCAAAACACCACUGUAGAUAAACCAGAAGAAGCAACAAUUAUAGAGAUGAAUGAGCCAGUAUCAUUGACAUUUGCAUUGAGGUACAUGAAUUCAUUUACAAAGGCAACUUCAUUGUCGAAUACGGUGACAAUCAGCUUGUCUUCGGAACUGCCGGUUGUGGUUGAGUAUAAGAUAGCUGAGAUGGGUUAUAUCAGGUUCUACUUGGCGCCCAAGAUUGAAGAAGAUGAGGAGGAGACUAUGCCACAAGUUUAACUUGAUUUUGGCAUGGAUCUUGUUUCCUUGUUGACUAUAUAAUAUGUGUUUGAUCGUCAUUGAUGUUUAUUUUGAGGCUUUCAACAUGUAGCCCAACAUUUAGUUUAAGACUAGAUGGAUGAUAACAUUUCUCUCAUGUGCUUGGAUUUUCUCAUGCAUGUUAUAAAUUACGUGUUCCGUUCCUUAUUUA